CACACCGCACUCCCCCAUUCCCUUCCACCCUCUCCCACCCUUUAAAAAAAUAAUACAAAAAUAAGAAAAAGAAGGAGAAGAAGGGAGAUUCUCUCUCUCUCUCCUCCUCCCGCUCCCGAAUUCCUUCUAGAUUAUCCCAAAUUCUUCGCUGCCAAGCCGCCAUCCCGCGGAAUCGAGGUGCUGUUCCCCUUGCCUUUGCUUCACCUCUUUUGUAUCACUACCGGAACUUUACUCACAGCUGCUCAGUUGUUUCUUUGCUGUCAGCAUGGGGGAACAUACCUUGUACAUUAUAUACAGCUUGAUUUUUGUUUUAUCACAUUGGCUCUUUCAGGGAUGAGCAGCAAGUUCAUGAUAACCUACAAGAGGAAGCGUGUUACAUCACAUGUCUAUACAGCUGAUGGCACCAAUCUCAAGUCUUCUGGUGCUUCCAGUAGUGUUCCUGUCAGCAGUUUAUCCCCAAAAUAUGGGGUUGGUGCCGAUAAUAACAUGUUAGAGGAAGAUAAUUUUUCGACCUCUACAAAGCAACAGGAUGUAUUUGAUUCAAGGGAGCAAGUCAUCAAGGAAGAAUCACCUAAACAAAGUGCAAAUGCACCAGGCAAAGAACGAGCGGAACUUAAGUCACGUGAAUCAUUAUCUCAAAAGGAACAGCCUGAGAUAUGUUCUACUCAUACUGCAAUAGGAGACGCAUGUGAGAAUAAAUUAGAAUGCAUAGAUGGCACACAUAAUCAAAGUCUUGUUUCCAGUUGUGUGCAUGCUGACAGGACAACUAAUCAGGCAGAAGAUUCUAGUGCCUCUGUUUCUGUGGGAGUAAAUUCUCAUCAGCAGCCGAAUAAUUCUACCAGGCCUAGCCAAUCUAAGAGUAGAUUUAGUCCUAUGCUUACAUUUCAUAGGCGAGUUAAAAACAAAAUAGGUUUGGAAGAGCCUGCAGCAGGAAGUUGUUCAAGAGAUAAUGACAAACAUUGCUCAAAACUAAGUUGCAACCCACCAAGUUCGCCACUGGAUGCUAUACCCUUGUGUAGACAAACUGCUGGCAGUUCUUUGGAUGUUGAAGAUAAGGUUACUAUAGCGGGAACAAGCACUGGACAAUCUGUAAUUGUUGACCACUUGCUUGAACAAAAAAGUUCACACAUUCCGAAAUCGUCGGUACAUCAUAUGGUUCCCUCGCAGCCUGCUAAAGAUGCAAACCAAAGUUCAAUCCCAGAAGAAGGUACACCAGUAUCUGAGUUCACUAGGGUGCUAGAAACCAGUGAGUCAGAUGCAAGAGUGGAGGACUCAAACAGAACACCAGUAGACGCUAUUGAAGUACCAAAAGUUAUUGAAGUGAAGAGGGAUGAACAUGGUAAUGGACAGACUAAUUGUCUACAGUCACCAAGGAAAAAUAUAAAUGUUAAUCUUCUGAAACCAACAAAUAGAUCUGAGGCAGCUGAUCUUCUGGAGUCUCAAGAUUCAACAAAAAAUAUUCCAAUUAUUGUCUUGGACGAUGAUAGUGAUGAGAGGGGCAAAGAGCAGGAAAAAUCAGAGGUCCUUGAUCAAUUAAUCCAGGAGAAAAAUAAAGGUAGAUUUUCUUUGGGGCAGAUCAACCUAAAUCUAAAUUGUGCUGAAUUACCACAAGAGAGGCUUCUCAGUUUGGAUGAGACAUCGGUGUACAAACUAAAAGAUCAGGAUCAAUGUGUUCAUGAACGAAAGCAAAUGUCCCAUCCAGUUGAAAGGUUGUUUUUUACAAAGGAGAAGGAUGCCAUGCACGGUAAAAAACAUCAUGAAGAAACCUCAACCAUGCAUAGCUCGUACUCAAAUUUAUUUGAUCCAGCCCCAUCAUCGUCGUGGAUUACUGGGAAUUUCAAGGAACCAAGUGUCAUGCCAUCAGAACUGAAGUUCAGAAUAUUGGAUAAGGCUCCUGAAUUCAAUUUAGAUCUCAAAUUGGAUAGUUUCCCAGACAGUAGUGUAUUAGCCCUUAGGCACGAUAAGUUAUUUCGUGGAGGCACCUCCAGUGGAUCCCAUUUUCUGACAGAAAGGCUUGGGACAUACUCCUACAAAAGGCACUCUUCCCCGUGGUCAGAAGAAGAAUUGGAUUUUCUUUGGAUUGGAGUUAGGAGGUAUGGGACAAAUAACUGGAAUGCAAUGUUGAGGGAUAGACGGUUACGGUUUUCUAACUCAAGAAAUGCCGAGGAUCUUGCUAAGCAAUGGGACAAGGAACAAAGAAAUCUUCUAGGUGUGGAUUUCCUUCAAUCACUCAGAUCCUCUGCUCGAGGUCCUCCACCGCCUUCACAUAUACCAGAAGAUUACGUUGGAAGCAGUUCUUGGACUGGAUGCUCAAAAUCUCCAUUUCUUUCUGCUCCAACAGACCUUUCAUUGGGUGACAUGUACCUUCGAAGCGCCCGUACUUCAGAGAGAGGGCAGCAUCAUUUAUCAAACCUGGGCAUGUUAAACCUACAUGCAACCGACAAUGUACCAAGAAAUUUGUCUCUGGGAGGUUUCCCUGUUGCUUCCUCCCCAUAUGGGAGAAGUUCUAGCAAGCGUAGGAGGGCGUCCAAGCUUCCCAAGUCAUACUAUGACAACAAGGCAGUUUGGUGCCAAGAUCCAUCAGAGAGGGUGGCUCAGUUCCUUCCCAUAAACCAGGAACCAAUCAACAAUCUUCCUGAGUGGCUGACAAAGGACGCCGAGAUGGCGGGCGUACGCCGGCUUGAUGCAGAUCUGUGGCCGAGCAUGCAGGCUCCGGGUCAUUCUGCAGCAGACCGACUGAAUGAAAUGAAGCCUCAUGUUCUUCCUGAUGGAUCACUGAAGCGUGCGCCCAAGAGGAAGGCGGAGUGGCGCGCCUUCAGCAAGAAACUGUUCAAGUCCGGCGAUGGCGCCCUGGAUCUAAACCAGAGGGCUGCUGCCAUCGCCGGACCCCUCGGUGCCAUUGGGACUAGUGACACCGGUGCAUCGUCUGAAGAGACGGUUUCAGACAGUUGAGUGUAUCUCUAGUAGUAGUGAUUUAGUCCAGAAAACCUUGUGUCAGUCUGAAGCUGCCUGUAUGAUUCCGCUGCUGAAGCUGGUAAACAGUAGCAGUAUGAUCAAAGGUAAAAUCGAGUUAAAUUUCAGCCAAGUGAUUGGAUUCAGUUUUUGUAAACAUGCAUCGAUCUGAAUUCUGAUUACAUCCUGUGUAAUAUAUUAUUGGCUUGUGUAAUCCAAAAAGAUUGAACCAUAUAUGCUCGCAUGCUGAAAAGGAAUUGCGAGUUUUUGUGAUUUGCCAUGAACCAAUUGGUGAUCAUCCAUCGAUAUGAAGUUUACUGUA